GUAUCUUAUCUACCAUGGACUGAUAGAGACGACUCAUCUGUUUCCACUUCUAAGAGAUUAAUGGAAGAUAAUUAGAACUCAUUGAUAAUCUUCUCGUGAUAUUAUGACUACCAGAAAUCCGGAUACAAUGAAAACAAGGACUAUUUUUGGGGUUUCUCUCUCUCUCAUUCUCAUUAACUUGGCUGCUAUUAUGGAAAAGGCCGAUGAGAAUCUCUUACCGUCUGUUUACAAAGAAGUCAGUGAAGCUUUCAGUGUUGGUCCAGCUGACCUUGGAUAUCUUACAUUCAUACAAAAGUUUGUGCAGGCACUUUCAUCACCACUGGCCGGAGUUUUAGUUCUUCACCAUGAUAGACCAACAAUUCUCGCUUUGGGGACACUGUGUUGGGCUCUGUCGACGGCUGCAGUAGGCGCAAGUUAUCGGUUCUGGCAAGUUGCAUUGUGGAGAGCUGUCAAUGGUUUUGGUUUAGCUAUAGUGAUACCUGCACUUCAGUCAUUCAUAGCUGAUAGCUAUGAGGAUAGUGUUCGAGGUACUGGAUUUGGUAUAUUAGCCCUUGUUGGUGCUGUGGGUGGAACAGGCGGUGGAGUCGUGGCAACAAUUAUGGCCGGUCAAGAGUUUUGGGGAAUACCUGGGUGGCGAUGUGCAUUUGUUAUGAUGGCAAUAUUUAGUUCCCUUAUUGGGUUUUUUGUCUUUAUGUUUGGCAUUGACCCAAGAGAAUUAUACAAGGAUCUUACACUUGAAACGGCUGAUUUUGUGCAGGGCCAUCUGUUAACAGCGGGAUAUGCUAGUGUACCAUCAGUUUGGUCAGAGUCAUGGAGAGCCAUGAAAACUGUGACAAAAGUGCAAACAUUUCAGUUUAUUAUAAUGCAAGGAGUUGUUGGUUCACUACCCUGGACAGCCAUUGUGUUUUUCACUAUGUGGUUUGAAUUGAUUGGCUUUGAUCACAAAAACACAGCUACUCUCAUCAGUCUUUUCACCAUUGGUACUUCAAUGGGAUCCCUCCUAGGUGGGUUCAUAGGAGAUGGGCUGUCGCAAUUACACCCAAAUACUGGGCGUAUCAUGGUUGCACAGUUUAGCGCUUUCAUGGGCGUUCCUUUUUCAUGGUUCCUCCUUAUGGUUAUUCCGCAGUCAGUUAGUAGUUGGUCUGUAUUUGCUGUUACUCUUUUUUUCAUGGGACUCACGCUUAGCUGGUGUGCUACUGGCGCAAACAACCCCAUAUUCGCUGAGGUGGUCCCUUUAAAGCACAGGACCAUGAUUUACGCGUUUGAUCGUGCCUUCGAAGGCUCCUUCUCUUCGUUCGCCGCUCCCAUUGUUGGGAUCCUCUCGGAGAAGAUCUUUGGCUAUGAUCCGAAGUCUGUGAUUCUGCCAUCAGGGUCUCCAAAAGAGGCAUUUGCUUUGUCGAGAGGGCUUGUCUCCAUGAUGUGUGUUCCAUUUGCUCUGUGUGGUCUGUUCUACGCCCCACUAUAUUGGACCUACAAGCGAGACCGUGCGAAUGCUAGAAAUGCUGCAUUGUAACAAAAACAUGUACUACCUGAAUUCUGUAAAUAUAUGGCGAAAUUGUCCAACGAACUUGCAGAUUGGAAGCAAACGAAUGUGUUUCUUUUUUAAUGUGUGGUCUCAGGAAUUAAUUUGGAGCUUGAAUACAUUCUUACGGUUG